AUGUCAAACAAAACCGAGAGUACCAGCACUGCCAAAUCGCACCAACAACUCGUGAACGAAUUGAAAGACGCCUUCAACCUCUUCGAUCGAGAUGGUGAUGGCAAGAUUUCCAUGGAAGAAUUGGGUGACGUGUUGAAAAAUUUAGGACAAGUUCCUUCACAAGAAGAUUUAGAAAUUAUGUUCAGAGAGGUCGAUCAAGACAACAAUGGAACCAUCGAAUUUGAUGAAUUCAUGAAAAUGAUGGAACUCAAGAACACAAGUGUGGAUACUGAGGACGAAAUUCGUGAAGCUUUUAGAGUCUUUGAUAAGAAUAAUGAUGGUUACAUUAGUCAUGAAGAAUUAAAGUCCAUGAUGUGUAAUUUAGGUGAAACACUUUCAGAUAAGGAAGUUAAUGAAAUGAUUAAGCAAGCGGAUAAAGAUGGAAAUGGAGUGAUCGAUUUCGAUGAAUUCAAAAAUGUCUUCAUGAAGGACAUUUCCAAUUAA